AUGGCCUCUCGACAACCUCCCGCUGGCGCCCGCGGCACUAACACCCGGUUCGCUCAGUUUAAGCUGGUUCUUCUAGGCGAGUCCGCUGUCGGAAAGAGUUCAAUAGUCUUGCGAUUUGUCAAGGACCAAUUCGAUUCCUAUCGCGAGUCCACCAUCGGUGCUGCCUUCUUGACCCAGACCAUCUCUCUCGAUGAGAACACUACUGUCAAGUUCGAGAUCUGGGAUACCGCCGGCCAGGAACGCUACAAGUCUCUUGCUCCCAUGUACUACCGAAAUGCAAACUGCGCCGUUGUCGUUUACGAUAUCACUCAAUCUGCAUCACUAGACAAGGCAAAGGCUUGGGUUAAGGAGCUCCAACGCCAGGCGAAUGAGAACAUUGUCAUUGCCCUCGCAGGAAACAAGUUGGAUUUGGUUACUGAGCAACCCGACAAACGAGCCAUUCCCACCGCCGAUGCUGAGGCUUAUGCUCGUGAAGCUGGCCUCCUCUUCUUCGAGACUUCUGCCAAGACUGCCGAGAACGUCCAAACUCUUUUCACAGCCAUAGCUAAGAAGCUGCCCCUGGACCAAGCUGGUCCACGACAUGCUCGACCGGGCCAACGACCAGGUGUCAGCCUGGCUCCCGAGAACUCCAACACUAACGUCAGCGGCCCUUGCAGCUGCUAA